AGAAUUUGAUUCAGAGCACACAGAAGGCAAAGCCAAUUCAAGCACACACCCUGCAGUUGGAGUCCUGCAGGGCAAAAGAGGUUAAAGUUUGCUUGCCCUCCCUUUUCCCUUUGUUUUUCCUCUCAUUCUAUUGCUACUACCAGGAGAGAAAUCCUGUCAUUUAAGCAUGUUCCUCUCCACAUCAUUCUCUCUCCUGAGCUCACUGGAAAACUUUUCAGCAGUUUGACCAAGUCUGCGGGUGCCGGCUCCACCUCCUUUUCUCCUGUGGAUUAAAGAAGCUGCAUUGGAAGAUAAAGCUUCUUCUUGUCUUUUCUUCUGUAUUUGUGAACUCUUUUGCCUCCACAGUAUGGGGGCCACCAUGCUGGCUGGAGUCUUGUGCUGCUUCCUACUAGGGUGCCUACUUCAAGAGAGCUUUGGCCUCAUCAGAAGAUACUACAUUGGUGCUGUGGAGACAGACUGGGACUAUGUGCACAGUGACCUGCUCUCUGUGCUGCAGGCAACAGCAGGGGCUCCAGGAGAUCAAGGCCUAAGGCCUCCCACCCUUGGCACCUUCACUCGGUACAAGAAGGCAGUAUUUGUGGAAUAUACUGAUGCCUCAUUCACCCAAACCAAGUCCAAACCAGCCUGGAUGGGUCUCCUGGGCCCCACCAUUCGAGCAGAAGUCUAUGACACAGUGGUUGUUACCUUUAAGAACCUGGCCUCUCACCCAUUCAGCCUCCAUGCCGUGGGUGUAUCGUACUGGAAAGGAUCAGAAGGGGCAGGAUAUAAUGAUGAGACCAGUCAGUCAGAGAAAGAUGAUGAUAAGGUGGGUCCUGGUAAAAACCACACCUACAUCUGGGAAAUCCUGGAAAACCAAGGGCCAACAGAGAGCGACUCAUCGUGUCUGACCUACUCCUACUUCUCUCAGAUUGACAGUGUGAAGGACAUCAACUCUGGUUUGAUUGGAGCACUGCUUGUUUGUCGGCCAGGGACUUUGACCAAAGAUGGAACCAGAGACGCACUGCAAGAAUUUGUGCUGCUCUUCUCUGUGUUUGAUGAAGGGAAAAGCUGGUAUUCUGAAUCUAGCAGCCCAAGAACUUCUCAGCCCCUGCAUCACAACAGGCUUCAGCUGCAUACUAUCAAUGGCUAUAUAAAUGGCUCUCUGCCUGAUCUCAAGUUGUGCCUGAAGAGGCCAGUUCAUUGGCAUGUCAUUGGACUGGGCACUGCACCAGAAGUACACUCCAUUUUCUUUGAAGGUCAUACAUUCUUGGUGAGGAACCACCGGCACGCCAUUUUAGAGAUCUCCCCAGCAACCUUCCUCACAGCCCAGACCAUGCCUGUCUCCAGUGGCAGAUUCCUGAUGUUUUGUCAGAUUCCAUCUCACCAGCAAGCUGGCAUGGAGGCAUACAUUACUGUGGAAGACUGCCCAGAAGAGCCCGUGAAGAAGAUGAGGCUGGCCCCAGAUGAACCAUCUGAUGAAUAUUAUAAUGAUUAUGAUACAGAUAUCAGAGAGAUUGCAUUAGAAGAGGAAAGUUCUUUUGCUGUAGUCCAUGCACGCUCUUUUGCCAAGCAAGAGCCCAUGACCUGGACACAUUACAUUGCAGCUGAAGAGGUGGAUUGGGACUAUGCCCCAAGGAAAUCAACUUACCUGGACAGAAAUGACACAAAUAAGUAUCUGGAAGCUGGUCCUCAGCGCAUAGGUUCAAAGUACAAGAAAGUGAUAUAUGUGGAAUAUGAAGAUGGGACCUUUAAGAAGCACAAGGUGGCAAAUCAACAUGACACAGGAAUUCUGGGACCGGUUCUUAAAGGAGAAGUUGGGGAUCAGUUUAUGAUUGUGUUCAGGAACCUGGCAAGCCGGCCUUACAACAUCUACCCUCAUGGCCUCACCAGAGUCAGCUCAUUUCACCCACUGAAGUCCUCUCAAAAGAAAGAUGUGAAGGAUAUAUCCAUUCCACCUGGCGAGUCAUUCACAUACAGCUGGAAAGUGACAAUGGAGGAUGGACCAGCCAGCUCAGACCCUCUCUGCCUCACCCGUUUCUACUACAGCUCCAUCAACCCAGAACGCGAUAUAGCCUCGGGGCUGAUUGGGCCUCUUCUGAUCUGCUUUAAAAAAACAAUGGAUCAAAGAGGCAAUCAGAUGUUGUCAGAUGAGGCAAAUUUUGUGCUGUUUUCUGUUAUUGAUGAAAACCGGAGCUGGUACCUGGCAGAGAACAUACAGCACUUCUGCACAGAUGCAGCCCAUGUGAAUACUCAGGAUCCUGAAUUCUACGCUUCGAAUGUUAUGCACACUAUUAAUGGUUAUGUCUUUGACAACCUACACCUCAGCCUUUGCCUGAACCAAGUAGUAUACUGGUAUGUCUUAAGUGUUGGUGCCCAGACAGACUUCCUCUCUGUUUUCUUCUCUGGGAACACCUUCACACGUAACAUGGUCCACGAAGACACUCUCACCCUUUUCCCAUUUUCUGGGGAAACUAUCAUCAUGGACUUGGAAAAGAAAGGUGUAUGGAUGCUGGGAUGUCUGAAUCCUGAAUUUAGAGACAGAGGAAUGAAGGCAAAGUUCACAGUCUCUAAUUGUAACCCUGAUUCAGAUCUAUAUUACAAUGAGGGAGAUUAUGAUGAUCAGAUAGACGACAAUGUCUUUCAACCUAGGGGCUUCUCCAAGAGAAAGAGAUGGCAUAAUAGGCCUUGUCUGAGGAAGCAUCAGAAUAACAACAUUUCUUCUGAAAAUGAAACAGAGAAGCUCAGCUACCAGCUAACACCCUGCUUGAGAAAACCUAGCCAGCCCCUCGAAUUCAACAGCCUGCAAAGCAGUUGGAGGGAUUCCAUGGACACCUCUUCCAAUGUCACAUCAGUAUUUUCAGAGAGGAGCCCAGAUCAGCACAGCAUUUCCAUGUUUUCGCUACAAGAGACCAGCUCUGAGCCAGUAUCCUAUGAUUCCUUCCUAGAAGAAGAACAGCUAUCAAAAAUAGUAAUCUCAGAUCAAAGAUCUGUGGAUCCUCUUCUUGAAGGAAACUCUACAAGUAUACGUAAAACAAACGAUUUUAAUAAAAGCUCAGCAACAGCUGGUCCUUAUAAAGAAGGAGAUACUCUCUUCAGAACACAUAGACAAAAUCCAGUAGGAGAAAUGGUUAAAGAGAACUUGGAGUUACAGAAGUCAGUAGAGAAUGUGGCAUUCCAACCAACCACACCAUUAGCCAAACUGGAAGUGUUUCCAAAAGGGAAUGUUAAUUUAAGACAGGAAUCAGUACGCAGGAUGGUCCUUCAAGAAUCCAUUUCCUUAAGUGCUGCAGAUGCUUCUAUUCAAAAGAAUGGUAACUCACUGCAACUGGAUGAAUUAGAACAUGAUUCUGGAUUUCAGGAAAGGUCUUUAUUAGAUAAAGAAUUGUCUCUAGAAAAUAGCAUUAAAGCAUUAUUAAAAUUACACAUGUCAUCAGAUGACACAAAAAGUACUUCCAUAAUUAAUACAAACUCCUCUUCAGAGAUUAGCACGUCAGCACCAUCAGACAAGUCAACAGAUGAUACAAGUAUUCAUGUUAUGAAAUACUUUAAUGUUGGAAAAACAUUUCUUAAAAACACUGGUACAUCAACACAACUAGAUUCUAGUUUAGAAAAUUAUGCAAGUCCUCAAGAAACAGUUUUGUUGGAUCUGUAUGAAACUUCUCAAGAAGUGAAUGGUUCUGUACCAAAGUUAAAUAGCUCAGCACAUGAUCUCAUGCUUCAAGAGAACAUAUCAUCUACAAAUGGAAAGGUAUUUGUUGAAAAGACUGUAGUAUCAUCACAUUUAAAGAAAUAUUCAAAUGAAAAAGGAAUUCAAAGGACACCUGUAUUUCAUAAGAAAGGUUUUCUUCUUGGUAGAACCAACUUGUCAUUAGAUGGCAUAGCAGAUAUGAGGCUGAUGGAAAAUGGAUCACUGGAUGAUAAAACAAGGAUUAUUACACCACUAGGACAGAAUAGAUCUACACAAAAUCAAAGGCUUUCAAGUAUUAAGGACAACGUGUCUGCAGAAAAUGGCAUGAGGCUAGAAUUGAAUGAAUCUACCAAUGAUACAAGGCUUCCAGAAACAAAAUUUUUGGAUAGCAGUGAAAUUCUGGACAACAGAAAUGUUACUACACAGGAAACUAAUGAUUUUAUAUUGGCAGCAAAGUUUCAAGAUGCUACAGAAAGCAAGGAACUAUCUGAAAUAAAAAAUGUUGCUUUACACAAAGCAAAUAUGAUGGGCAAAAAUAUGAGGCUCCCUUUACUGAACAGUGAAGAGACAUUUCAGAAACGUGGUAGCAUAGCAGAACAAUUAGAUGGGCCAACAAAUGACUCAAGGAUCCCAGAAACCAGCUCUUUAAAUGAGAACAUUUAUCCCAAAGGGAAUGUUCCUCCACUGGAACUAGAACACUUGAUAAAUGGCACAGGCCUCUCAGAAGUCAAUUCAUCUAACACAAAAAAUGUAAUCCAUAAAAGUGAUGUAAUGGAGCUUGACUCAGAUCACUGGACCACUGAAAACCUAGUGAACAAGGCCACUUCUAAGUCCUGCAAUCAGUACUCUUUUUUGUGUAGCACUCAUAAAAAAAAACAGUCCCUGAGGUCAUUUCAGGUUUUGCUGGAAAAGAUGCAGAUGCAGCAAGAGCUAGACAAUGAAGCCAGAGCAUUGGAGGGAAGGCAGAGCCCUGACAAAAAUAUGCAGAGAACCAGAGCUGUGCUUGGAGACACUGGUACUAAAGUGGGCUAUGAGCACAGGGGAACCCCCUCCACUGAAAGGUUAUCCAUAGAAGACACAACAGUGAGAGACCAUAGAGCAACUAACACUGAUAGCUCCACUGGAUAUAUCAGGGCUGCUUUUGUUUCUCAUUCAUCAAGCCCUACCCAAUCUGAUGCCAUGCUGUUCUUUACCAGUAGUCAUGAACCAAGAACAUUAGAGGAACAGUAUGGCAAUCAAGAUAGGAAUAUAGCUCUCAGAAGAGAUAGCACCUUUGUGGACGUAGAAGAGUCAGAGGAAACUGCUAUGAUUCCUGCAACUUCAAGUGAGAACACUAGCAAAAGAGAAGAGGAGGUGAGAACUGAGUCAGGAACAAGGUCCACUGCAUUGGCUAGAGAGCAAAACAGGAUGAUGAACCCCAUCUCACUGCAAGUUGUAGGGCAAAAUAGUAGAGAUGAGAUGUCUGAAGGAAGUGAGAUGCAGCACAGAAAGGUCAAUGAUCAGGAGACCCCUCUGAGUUUGCAGCGCAACCAGAAAAGUCUUAUGGAUGAAGAGGUGAGCGCUUUCAAGCAGCUUAAAUUAAGGGAAGAUAUGAUUAUCAGCAAACCGCAGCAGGGACUUGAAUCUGACAGUAUUAAGGACCAUGGAUUAGGGAAUGAGUCUAGAUGGAGUUCAGCAACAAAACAUGCUGUAGAAAUCCUUGCAAAACAAGCCUCCACAGAAAAUAAUCUACUGCCCUCUGGAGGUUCAGCUGUAAAUGAGACCAUUAAAGAGGAACAAUGGGAGUCAAAAGACAGCCAGAAAAAAAAUCAGGUGUUUAAUGGGGAAGAGAUCACUUCCCCCUCAGACAGGAAAGUACCAACAUUAGAAGUGAAGAAGGAGGCACCAGGGAUAGAUGGGGCACAGGGGAUUGUGGAAAGCACUGGUGAAAUAAAGCAGAGAAGCUUGACUGCUAGGUCUGAAAGUCCUGGAGAGAUUGCUGGCCUAAACUAUAUGACCAAGUCUGAUACUGCAACAUCUCAAAAGGAAAAAGCAGACUAUGAUGACUACAGCAACAAUGAAGAAAAUGUAGAUUUUGACAUCUAUGAUGAGGAAUACCAGGAUCAACGCUCCUUCCAAGGCAAAGUCCGGCAGUAUUUCAUUGCAGCAGUUGAAGUGGUGUGGGAAUAUGGGAAUCGAAGACCUCAGCACUUUCUAAAAGCAAAGGGUCCCAGGACUCGCUGGAGGAAGGCUGUUAAGCAGUACCGGAAGGUUGUUUUCCAAGAGUAUCUGGACGAAUCUUUCACUCAGCCUCUGCCUCGUGGAGAACUGGAUGAGCACUUGGGAAUCCUGGGGCCAUACAUCAGGGCGGAACAGGAUGACAGGAUUGUGGUUAAGUUCAAGAACCUGGCUUCCCGGCCUUACUCCCUCCAUUCCAACCUCCAGCCCUACACGGAGGGCUCAGUGGAAGAUAAGACACGCAACAAGGAGGCAGUGCAGCCUGGCGAGCUCCGGGAAUACUCUUGGAAGGUGCCUUCCCAGAUGGCACCCAGUCGCAAUGAGUUUGACUGCAAGGCAUGGGCCUACUUUUCCAACACCAACCUGGAGAAGGAUCUGCACUCUGGCUUGAUUGGGCCACUGAUUAUCUGCCGCCCUGGUGUCCUGAGCUCUGCCUUUGGACGGCAGUUGACCGUGCAGGAAUUCUCUCUGCUAUUCACCAUCUUUGAUGAGACAAAAAGCUGGUACUUCACCGAGAACAUGGAGAGGAACUGCCAGCCCCCUUGCCAGGUCCGACCAGAUGAUCCUGUUUUCAAAAGGAACCACUCCUUCCAUGCUAUCAAUGGCUACAUGAUGGACACACUGCCUGGGUUGGCAGUGGCUCAACACCAAAGGGUCCGAUGGCAUCUACUGAAUAUGGGCAGCACUGAGGACAUCCAUUCAGUCCAUUUCCAUGGGCAGCUCUUCAGUGUCAAGACAAACCAGGAGUAUUCAAUGGGAAUCUACAACCUUUAUCCUGGUGUCUUUGGGACAGUGGAAAUGUACCCAUCUCAUGUGGGCAUCUGGCGAGUGGACUGCAAAGUGGGAGAGCACCAGCAGGCCGGCAUGAGCGCCUUGUUCCUUGUAUAUGACCUGAAGUGCCAGAACCCUUUAGGACUGGCUUCUGGGAACAUUGCAGACUCUCAAGUCACAGCUUCAGAACAGUAUGGUCAAUGGGCACCCAGCCUGGCCAGGUUAGGUUAUCAACAGUCAAUCAAUGCUUGGAGCACCAACAAUGGAAAUUCCUGGAUUCAGGUGGACCUGCUGCGCAUCAUGAUCCUUCAUGGUAUACAGACCCAGGGGGCCCGGCAGAAAUUUUCCAGCCUCUACAUCUCUCAGUUUGUCGUAUUCUACAGCCUGGAUGGGGACAGAUGGAAAAGAUACAAGGGGAAUUCCACCAGCUCCCAAAUGGUGUUCUUUGGGAAUGUGGAUGCAGUGGGGGUGAAAGACAAUCGUUUCAACCCUCCAAUCAUAGCCCGCUACAUCCGCAUCCACCCCACUCACUACAGCAUCCGGCCCACUCUGCGCAUGGAGUUGAUUGGCUGUAAUCUGAACAGCUGCUCCAUGCCCUUAGGAAUGGAGGAUAAAAGUAUCUCCAACCAGCAGAUCUCAGCCUCCUCCUACAGUGACAAAAUCUUCUCCAUCUGGCCUCCCUCCCAAGCUCGACUUAACCUGCAGGGAAGGACCAAUGCUUGGAGGCCAAAGGUGAACAGCCCAAAUGAGUGGCUGCAGGUGGACUUUGGGAAGAUCAAGAAGGUGACUGGAAUUGUAACCCAGGGCUCUAAAACUAUCUUGACCAACAUGUUUGUGAAGGAGUUUGCUGUCUCCAGCAGCCAGGAUGGCACACACUGGUCUCCAGUUCUUCAGGAUGGUAAAGAAAAGAUUUUCAAGGGCAAUCAAGACUACAUCAGCUCUGUGGUGAAUACCUUGGACCCUCCACUCUUUGCUCAAUAUGUGAGGAUACACCCCCGCCAGUGGAACAACCACAUUGCUCUGAGGACAGAGUUCCUAGGCUGUGACACUCAACAAGCAUACUGACAUGCAGGAGGCCUUGUUAAAAGACCUGAGUAUGACUGGACAUUGAACUGUGAGCAAGACUGGAAGCACCCAGGCAAGGAGGUCUCCUGCAGUUGUCAUGAAGAGAAACAUUGGCUAUGGAUAAAAAUAGAAUCAGCUCCAGUGACUUCACUGGAUAUUUAUUCAUUUAUACUAGCGGGGACCUUAGGCCUAGACACACUGAAUAAUCCAAUUAAUUGGAAGGAAGAGGUCUAGAAAGCCUUAUAGCUCUUUGCUCUCUUUUUGUCUGUCAUAUACUAUGUGCCAUAUAAUCGGAAUAUAACACUGAAUAAUUAAACAGUAAUUUUCCAGUUUA